AUGAAUAUUGCGGUGGCGUUUGCGAUAGGCGUCGGUGCCUGGGUGAUUAUAAUGUUGGUGGCUCUUGGUAUAUGGUUCCUCGUCAAAAAGCUAACCUCGUAA